AUGGCAGACCCAGGUUAUUACCACAGUGAUUAUAUUCGACACCCUGUCCUCUAUGAGCUGGGUGUCAAGUAUGGAAUUAAGACGGAAUGUAUUCCAGAAAUAGCCUUGCCGUCUAAGUUGGAAGAGCUCAAGGAUGUCAUACGUAAAGAGAUACGUAAAGAACUCAAAAUAAAAGAAGGUGCCGAAAAAUUACGUGAAGUGGCUACUGAUAGAAGAUCAUUGUCUGAUGUAGCGAAUCUUGUUAAAAAAGCCAAUUUGAAACUGAACGAGCUUAAAUCUGACCUACAGGAAUUAGAAUCGCAGCUUCUUUUGUCACGCGGUCAAUCGACUCCAACCUCACCAGAGGAUUUGUCUUAUGAUGAAGAAAUUAUUUUGGCUUCUGAAGCUGCACAGCAGCAGCGUCAACUGGGCGAGGGAACUACAGACCGUAAGUUGGCAUCGUUGGAAAAACAGUUAAAUAUUGAACAGAAAGUAAAACAAGGCGCUGAAAACAUGAUUCAGAGUAUAAGCAGCAGUAACCAAUCUCGAGAUAAGAAGCUUCUCGCUGAAGCGCAUCAAAUGCUGGCAGAUUCAAAGGAUAAAAUUGAAUAUCUAAAAUUACGUAUCUCUAAAUUAAGCAAGCAACAAAAAGGUGAUAAUGCAGGAACUAAUGGAGAUGGUAGAGGUACAGACAUAAGUGGUGUUGAUCCUUUACUUGAUGAAAGAAUUGCAGAACUCAGAAAUCGUCUUCGCAUUGAAGCAGCUGUAGUUGAAGGAUCUAAAAAUGCUAUAAGACUAUUACAAAGUGAUAAAAAAGUAACUGACAAGAAAGCAUUACAAGAAGCUCAAUCAAGUCUACUUGAGUCAACUCAGAAACUAGAUUUGUUACGCAAGUCUUUAGACAUGCGUCGCCAAGAACUUCCUGCCGAAAGUGCUGCAUUUAUAGAGUUAGGGCAUGAAUUGAGAAGCACAGGUUCUAGCCCUGGAUAUGUUAGUUUAACUGGGGCUAGUGGACCUAGAAAUUUGUUUGUUUCACCUGCUCCAAUGAUUAUUCCUUGUGUUCAAGUUACUGGAACCUUAGAAGUUAGACUCAUGGGUUGUCAAGAUCUUUUAGAUGAUGUCCCUGGACGUAGCCGUAGGGAUCCUCUUGCAAGCCCUUCUGAUUUAAAAUCUUUUGUCAAAGGAGUUACUAUUCGUAAUUCUAUGAAAUAUACCUACAGCAUUAAAGAUGAUACAAGCAAUGAAAUUAUGGCAGUUAUGAAAUUGGACAAUCAUACUGUAGCUCAAACAAGUUGGAGACCUUGCUCUCAGCAGGCUUGGGAUCAAAGAUUCACUAUCAAGUUGGAUAAAUCUAGAGAACUCGAAAUUGGUAUUCAUUGGAAAGAUUGGCGCGGCUUAUGCGCUGUAAAAUUCCUAAGAUUAGAAGAAUUUAUAGAUGACAUUCGACAUGGUAUGGCCCUGGAGCUGGAACCUCAGGGUCUUUUAUUUGCUGAAAUAAAAUUCUUGAACCCAAUAAUAUCCAGAAAACCUAAACUUCAGCGUCAACGUAAAAUUUUCAAACAACAAGGAAAAAAUAUUCCUCGCCCACCAUAUGGAGAGAUGCACAUACCUGCUGUUGUUCUUGGUAGACUUUUAAAGCGUUCGUCGCCCUCUAUUCAAAAUAUUCAAAGUGCACAUAUUCAAUCUCAACAACACCACUUUGAGCCUGACAAUAAAGAUGUUGAAAAUCCUCAUGCUACGCUAAUAGGAAUGGCUGGUGUCCGGCCAUUGGGUUUACCAUCUGCCCCUCCUCCACCAGUGCCAACAAUCCCACCGCAAAAGCCUACAUUGCCUAUUCAUCCACCACCUAAUGUUUCCACACUAAGAAUGGAAAAGGAAUUGCAAGAGGCAUUUGCAUUUUUGGAAGACUCUUAUACCAGGGACAGUUACAUUGCAAAAGAGCCUCAGUCCUCUUCAUGUAACACUCCACUUGUGGAAUAUCCACCGUCUCCAUCCCCUAAAUUAGUAUUAGAGUUUCCCAGCAAUGAAGACCAGAUAGUAGAGAUUACAAGUAAUAUGAGAAUUUCGUCAUCACGAUCUUCUUCUGUCAUAGAAACAUUAGGUAAGGAAACAGAUUCUAGAAGACAAUCAGGAGAAAUGUCUAUGGACAGUUUCAGACUAUUGAGUGUAUUAGGACGAGGACAUUUUGGUAAAGUAAUCCUUGCACAAUAUAGAUCCACAAAUGAAUAUUUUGCGAUAAAAGCUUUAAAGAAAGGUGAUAUAAUUGCUAGAGAUGAAGUUGACUCACUCUUAUCAGAAAAACGUAUAUUUGAGGUAGCUAAUGCUAUAAGGCACCCAUUUUUGGUCAAUUUAUUUGCAUGUUUCCAAACUGACCAACAUGUUUGUUUUGUUAUGGAGUAUGCAGCAGGAGGUGAUCUUAUGAUGCAUAUACAUGCAGAUGUGUUCACUGAACCGAGGGCAGUAUUUUAUGCAGCUUGUGUAGUAUUAGGUUUACAGUAUUUACAUGAAAAUAACAUUAUUUAUAGAGAUUUAAAGCUAGAUAACUUACUCCUUGAUACUGAAGGUUAUGUGAAAAUAGCCGAUUUCGGACUUUGUAAAGAGGGAAUGGGUUGGGGUGACCGGACUGGCACUUUUUGUGGUACACCAGAGUUUCUUGCCCCAGAAGUACUAACAGAAACCUCGUACACUAGAGCAGUUGACUGGUGGGGCCUUGGAGUUUUAAUAUUUGAAAUGCUUGUUGGAGAAUCUCCUUUCCCUGGUGAAGAUGAAGGUGAAGUUUUUGAUUCAAUUGUCAAUGAUGAAGUCCGUUACCCUAGGACUUUAUCUCUAGAAUCCAUUGCAUUGAUGCGUCGCUUAUUGAGAAAAAAUCCUGAAAGACGUUUAGGUUCUUCAGAAAGAGAUGCAGAAGAUGUUAAGAAACAAGCAUUCUUCCGUAAUGUUGAUUGGGAACAAUUACUGCUUCGUAAGGUCAAGCCACCAUUUGUACCAACAAUUAAUAAUUUGGAAGAUGUUAGUAACUUUGACAGUGAAUUUACUUCUGAAGCUGCAGUACUGACACCACCUAAAGAGCCUCGUCCACUUAGUAACGCAGAUCACAAAUUAUUUACUGAUUUUACAUACAUGGCAGAUUGGUGC